AAACGACAUCAAAGACUAAAGAAUUUUGAUGGUUUGUUAUGGGUAACACUAAGUGGGGUUUUUCUUUCGUGAGAGAAUAUUGCAUGAAAAUAGACUAUAUUUGAUUGUCAUUUCUUAUAAUAUAUUUAGGUUUAUUAAUAGGUCACUAAUGGAAAUUUAACAAACGUUAAUGAUUACAGCACAUUUUUGUGCAGAGGAGAAUGACACAAAAAGCUGUUAAGAUUUUCUGCGUAUUUUGGUUUUAAUAUCAUUCAGCUCACAAGGUGGCCAUACAUUAUAUUCUCUGAAAACAACUCCUAUAUUUGAAGUAGUUUCACUUGAAUAAACGUUUGAGAAAUCAUAAUUUAGUAACGAUUCUCUUUAUUAAACUCAGUUCUCUUAUUGAGCUGCCUGGGUAUAGUUCAUCACACAAUGUUAAGUUUAUAAUAGCAUCGUUUCAAAGUCCAACUUACUGCAUCGAUGGAGCUAACUUUUGCAUGUAAACUAGAAAUAUGUUAAGAUAAGAUACAGUUUCCUGGGCUUCUAAAAUUAAUCAUGCAAUGACGUAAAAGGUUCAAAGACGUGUACAAGCACUUCUGUGGCAUUCACAAUGCGAAAAAGGGCGAUUCUUCGAUCAAGGUUUUCCUUUGCACCUAACCCGUGAAACACUUACAUGCAUUUGUACAUAGUUAAUGAAAGAUCUAGAAGGCACAGCUUGCCAAUGUGAAGUGCAAAGAUACUUGAAGAUCUUACAAUAAGUCUUGUGCUAGGAAUAAGUUCAUUCGCAGAUAAUUGUAUUUUAAUGCUGCAUGAACAAUGACAUUGACGUUGUCUUCCAAGCAAUUUUGGGGAGAAACAAGUCGUAUAUGAUAAGAAUAAUAUGAAAGAUAUUAUAAGCGUCUAAGAAUUCAGUUAUACAAAGUAAUCUUCGCCCUAACUACCAGAGUGAUACCUAUAUGAUGCUAAUAACUCAGUUAGAACAUGGUUACAGUGUUGUAACAUUAGUUACACAAGAUAUUUCACGGUAAUGUAAGGUAUAAAAUAUUUUAGUCCAUGCAUAUACAUAGAAAAUAAGAAAGUUAUUUUGUUUUAAAACACCCGUCAUCUCCUGCUUUGGCAAACGUCAUAUCUUUUGAGAAAGACCUCUACGUCUUUCAUGGCCUUUCCGCAGAAAGACACGCACAGAAACUUUGUAGAAAAUUCUCUUUUUUUAUAAAAAACGUGAUGACGCCCAUCGUUUCUCUUCAAUCAUUUGUAAAACCAGGCAACAUAAACAACCAGGAAAAAUGCAAUUAACAGCUGAUGAAAUUAACACCGGUGUUUGCAAGAAGGCAUUCCUGUGCUACAGGGUUUUUGAUAUUGGUUUUUGGCUGAGAAAUAGCUCUUGAAAUUUAAGAGCGCUUGUUGACUUUCAUAUUGCCUGGAAACAGCGAAUCCGGAUGAAAUAUGUAAAAAUGUUCAAUUUUGACCACUCCCACGCCGUUAAAGGCAGUAUAAAAGAUAAUGUCUGGAUGCUUUGAUGUUAUUCUCUCGCGUACUAUAUCAUUCAACAUGAAGGCGUUUGUGGCCCUCGCGUUUGUUUUUACCUUCGCUGUACUUCACACAUAUGGAGCGCCAAGGGCCGCGCAUUUUGCUGCGAGGCAAAGGGACUCGUCACUACCGACAAAAGGGCCGAAACCGGCUAUAAAAGGACUCCCGGGUCUCCGAGGAGCUACGGGCGUGAAAGGUGACGCAGGCCCUGCUGGUAGUACCGGAGCUCCUGGCCCUCCUGGUCCCGUCGGAAUCAAGGGUGAUAAGGGAAAUCCUGGACCUCGAGGUGAUAAAGGAGAACAAGGUGCACCUGGUGAAAAUGGUGGUAAUGGAGGAAAUGGCGCGAAAGGAGAGAGAGGUGGCCAGGGGAACCCUGGGAAUGAUGGUGAUCGAGGCCCACAAGGCAGUCCUGGUGCAAAAGGUUUCUCUGGUACAGAUGGUACACCAGGUGGUCCAGGGCCAGCUGGUGAUCCAGGUGAUGAUGGAGACAGGGGUCCACAAGGAGAAAGAGGAAAUGAUGGUGCUGAUGGUAGCAAUGGUAGUGAUGGUGCUAAGGGAGCUAAGGGUGACAAGAGAGCUAAAGGAGAUAUUGGACCACGUGGACCCGCGGGUAAUAAUGGUGCCAAAGGUCAAACUGGUAAACCCGGUGAACCAGGAAAUCCUGGUGGUCACGGACCAAGGGGUGAUGUCGGGGCUACGGGUGAACCAGGUGAAUCAGGACCCAAGGGUUACCCAGGAAUUCGAGGACCACAAGGAGCAAAAGGAACACCUGGAGCUGAUGGUGACCCUGGUAGUUCUGGCCCCAAUGGUGGUAAUGGUAACCAGGGUAGACCUGGUUUCCCAGGAACACGUGGUAUAAGAGGAGAUCCAGGCGAUAGUGGUACUGAUGGCAACCUAGGACCUGCUGGUCCACCAGGUGACCCGGGUAAGGAUGGUUCCCCAGGCAGCACCCAGGAAAUGUCUUGCCGAGUUGUCGAGGCAGCUGGAGGAAAAGUGAAUUGCAACACUCUACCAGGUGGAGCAGCCUAUAGCAUGAUGGGUUGCUACUGUAGUUAUUCCUGUACACGAAAAGUCAUUACUAAUGGAGAAUGUAACUGCAAUUGUCUGUCAGAGCAUUUACACACAAAAGGAACUUGUUGUAAAUUGCAGGUUGAAGUCACCGUAUAAAUGAACAAAUAAAGGGAAUGCCUGUGUAUCUAGAUAUAUUUGCACAUUUUAUGUAUGUUGAAAUAAAUGUUCUGUGAUUAA